AAUGACAUUCUACUACAGUCCAUGUCUGAAAGCGAGCUUAAUGCUCAUACGAAAAACUCAAAAGAAAUCCUAAACAUUGCUGGUCGUAGUGCUCCAAAGUUAGAUGGCAAAGGAUUCCUCAAAUCUUUAGACACCGAAAUCCUUGCUCAAGAAGACGGUGUCCUAAACACCCACAGCAAAAGGACAGGAGAUCUCCGGAAAUUAGAGUAUUGCUCCAAAGUGAUCCUCACAACCCUAUUCUUUGUGUUACCAUCCGCUGCCAAAGCUGAUAUCACGAGCAUCGAGACUUACAAUCUUCAAUCGAAUGGAUUUCAUCUCAAAAUUUCUGCAUCGAAGUAUUUGUUUGAAGAUACUAUUGUUACAAUGGAUUUACAGCAUGUGGAAGUCCCAAGGACUGUGGAAGGAUUUUCUAAGCUGGUGGUUGGUGCAAAAACAAUUCUGUCUUGGAAGGCGCGGACUAAGAAUAAUACGAUGACUUUUUAUGAGGCAUUGAAGAAAGGUCAUAAACGCCUAACAAAUGGGGCUCCAACCAGUUCAUCAUUACCAGUAACACCCCAAUUAUCUCCCCCGCCACCUAUCGAGAACCACUCUGAUAAGGAAUAUAGCGUCAGCGUCAACGCGAGCCAGAUAAAAGCUGAGCCUAUAUCAUUAGAAGAUAAGGAGGUCGAUGAUUUCGUAGAUUUAACACAUAAGGAACAGGUCAGUAAUGAGAUGAUUCAGAGCAUUAGGGAGAAGAAACUUCGAGAUCAAGAGUUACUCUCAACUCCCGAGAAUAAUAUUUGCUGUGAGCAAAGUUUAAUACAAGAAAAAUGCCAAGAAAUUUCCGUCACGAAUCGUGAUGAUCGACAAAAAAACUUUUCGGAUCCUGAUAUAGAAACUAAUGGACAUUUAUCACAGGAAAGUCCAGGGAGCGAGUCUCCAAAUCAUAACAUUUAUGUAUCUGAGGAGCCUAAUGAAAUUGAGCCCACUAAAAGUCAGUGUGUAGAGCAAGGAUUAACGAAACAAUUGCGAAGUAAUAGAGACAUUGUCUCACCAGUUUCCUUAGAGAUUACGGAGCAUCAAUUAUCUCAA